AAUUACCAUCUGCAAAACUUUUUUUGUUGUAAAAAUAUAUAUACAAAUACACAAGAAAAGUAAUAGAAAAUAGUUUUUCAUAAAAUAGUGUAAAACAAAGUACACUUUUAGUUAGCUUUAAAGUUAGUUUUCAGUGUUAAAAGCAAUUAAUUUGAAGCUCUAGCUCUAGUUUUUCUUACACUAGGCGUGACGACGAAAAAAUCGACAAAAAGAAAAAAAGCAGAAAAAAAAAACAAAUUUCACUCGAAAUCCGCAAAUAAGAUUUACACACGCGACCGCAUCAAAUUCGACACAAAAUCAAAAAAAAAAAAGAAAACCGACAAAUAUUUUGUGAAACGUUUCAAAAAGUAGCUCAAAAUUAUUCAAAGUCAACAACUAACACGAAAAUAAAGGGCGGACUUUGAAGGCAAAUCCCGCUAUCAGCUACACAUUGACAGAGGAGUGUGAGUGUGAUAGAGAGAGACAGACGGACAGCAAGAGCGAGUGAGAGAACGCAACGCGAAGCAUAACAAUAAUGUACGCUGGAGCAUAUGCACCCAACGCCGGCGGCGUGCAACAACAGCACACGGGCGGCUAUUAUGGCAACGGUGGUGGCGGCGCAGCUGCUGGCGGCGGCAAUGGACCACGUCACGAACGUCCCUAUUAUCCGCGCAACAAUUUCGCCGGCGCCGCUGGGAAUGCGGCCUCAUUGAAUGGCGCUGGCGGCGGUGCCGCUGCCGCUGCAGCCGCUGGUGGCAUGCACUUUGGCCAGCCAUACGGUGUGAUGACCUACGGCAUACAGAACAGCAUCAGCAUGGGCGCUGGCGGUAAUCCGUAUCGUGGCGGUGGCGGCGCCAAUGCUGCCAUGCAAAACGGCGCCUUUGCUGGCGCCAAUGGCAUCGCCUUCCAGGGCGGACCCCGGGCCAAGAAUCCCAAUUACGCUCAACGCUAUCAGAAGCCACACAAUGGCAUGGGCAACGGCGGCGGUGGCUAUCAAGGCGGUGGCAGUGCCAACUACAAUGCGGCCGCAUUGGGCAUGCUCUCCAAGGAGGAACGCGCCGAAUUGCAACGCGAGAAGGCCAAGAAUCCGGGACGCAAUCUGGUCAAGCCGCAUUGGGAGAAUUUGCCGCCAUUCCAAAAGGAUUUCUACAUUAUGCAUCCCAAUAUGCAGAAUCGCAGCGAACAGGCUGUCGCCGAGAUGCGUCACGAACUCGAGAUUACGGUGUCGGGCAACGAGCUGCCACAUCCGGUGGCCAAUUUCGAGGAAUGCUCGUUGCCGCCGCACAUCAUCGAUGAGAUGAAGCGUCAGGGUUUCACCAAACCCACCGCUAUCCAAUCCCAGGGCUGGCCAAUUGCGUUGAGCGGACGCGAUCUUGUGGGCAUCGCCCAAACCGGAUCGGGCAAGACAUUGGCCUACAUGCUGCCCGCCAUUGUGCACAUUGGCAACCAGCCGCCGAUAAUGCGCGGCGAUGGACCCAUCGCCCUGGUGUUGGCGCCCACACGUGAGCUGGCCCAGCAGAUUCAGUCGGUGGUGCGGGAUUAUGGGCAUUUGUGCAAGCCCGAGAUACGUCACACUUGCAUCUUUGGCGGGUCAUCGAAGGUGCCGCAAGCACGCGACUUGGAGCGUGGCGUCGAGGUCAUAAUUGCCACACCGGGACGUCUGAUUGAUUUCCUCGAGAAUCGCAAUACGAAUUUGCAGCGUUGCACAUAUCUCGUCUUGGAUGAGGCCGAUCGCAUGCUUGACAUGGGCUUUGAGCCGCAAAUACGCAAGAUUAUCGAACAGAUUCGUCCGGAUCGUCAGGUUGUCAUGUGGUCGGCCACAUGGCCCAAGGAGGUGCAGGCACUGGCUGGCGAUUUCCUCAACGAUUACAUACAGAUCAACAUUGGCUCGAUGAAUCUGUCGGCCAAUCACAAUAUCCGACAGAUUGUCGAGAUUUGCAAUGAGAACGAGAAGCCGCAGCGCAUGGUGCGAUUGCUCAAGGAGAUUGCGCCGACCACGAACAAUGCGGCCAACAAUGGCAACAAAAUCAUCAUAUUUGUGGAAACCAAAAUUAAGGUGGAGGACAUCCUGCAGAUAAUUCGCAGCGAGGGCUACACAGCCACCUCCAUACACGGCGACAAGUCGCAGAGUGAACGCGAUUCGGUGCUGAAGGAUUUCCGGAAUGGUAAAUCAAACAUUUUGAUUGCCACCGAUGUGGCAUCGCGUGGCCUCGAUGUGGAGGAUCUGCAGUAUGUGAUUAACUACGAUUAUCCAAAUUCAUCCGAGAACUAUGUGCAUCGCAUUGGACGCACCGGACGCUGCCAGCAACUGGGCACCGCCUACACAUUCUUCACCCCCGACAAUGCCAAGCAGGCCCGUGAAUUGAUCUCCGUGCUCGAGGAGGCUGGCCAGACGCCAUCGCAGGCGCUGCUCGAUUUGGCCCGUGCCAUGCCCAAUUCGGCAAACUAUCGCGGCAACAAGCGUUGGAAUAACAAUGGCGGCAACGGUGGCGGCAAUGCCUCCGGUGUCUAUCAGCAGCGCAGCAAUCCGCUCAACUAUCAGGCGGGCGGCAAUGGCAAUGUUGGCGGCAACAAUGGCUACAACAAUCGCGCCAACUAUCAGCAGCAAUACGCCGCUGGCGGCAACAGUUAUCAGCCCAAUGGCACCGGCGGUGGUGUUGGCAAUUGGAAUCGUGGCGGCGGCGCUGGCGCUGCACUCAAUCAACAAACGGGUCCCGAUGGCGGCAAUCGCAACGGCAAUGCCACCUAUCGCCCUCGGGCUCCCUUCAACAAUGGCGGACCGCGUGCCAUCAUGGGACACAAUGGCGCAGGCGGCGCUGCUGGCGGUGCGGCUGGUGCCCACAAUGCUGGGCAACCGCAUUUGGGUCAACAGGGCGGCGCAUUCAUGCAACCGAACUAUCGUGGACGGCAAUUUGUGCCACCAAAUGCAGCAGCCGCUGGCAGCGGAAUGCCACGUUUCCAGCAGUAUCCCAAGCGUGACUAUCAACAGCAGCAGCAGCAGCAACAACAGCAGCAGCAACAGCCACAACAGCAGCAACAACAGCCGCCGCAACACUACACACAACAGCAACAGCAGCAGCAACAACAGCAGCAGCAACAGAAGCCAAAGCAUGCGAUGGUGGGCGAUGAUAAGACUUUCAAGGAGUAUGCACCGACUGUGGUCAGCACACCGCUUGUCCACUACACGCCAGCGAAUUCGCCACCGAUUGCCGCCGUUGCGGCAGCCGCAGCUGUGGCUGGCAGCGCUGGUCGGGCACCGGUUGCCGCUGCACCAGGUGCUGCCUACAUGUAUGAUGCGGCCGGUGUGUUGACCACAACGGCGGCACCCGGCACCAAUCCGUAUGCCAGCCAAUUCAAUAUGCCGCCCGCCUACUAUGCGGCCCAGCAUCAUCAAUUUGCACCCGCUGUGGCUGGACCUGGACCCGGUGCUGCCAUCGAGCAGGCAGGACAGCAUUAAGUGCUGCAAAGGAAAGAGAAGAACUUACUGCAACCAACUAUAAUAAAACAACAACAGCAAAGAGAAGCAAGCACUAAUCCACCCAGACAAAAACACACAAGAAAAACAUACACACACGAAACAUUUUGACACGAAUGAAAUGUAGUAAACAUUGAAUCAAACGAGUUUACACAUUUGCCGCAUACGCUAAACAAACAAAAGAAAUCGAGAAAAAAACAUAAACAUAAAUGAAACCCUGCAAUUUGUCUAUUAAACCAAUGAAAUGCCAGGUGUAUGGGGUAAAUGAUGUAAGCUAGUGUGAUUCUUGGUCGAUCGGAUCCGGAUUCCAACAUCAAACAACAACAACAAGAACAACAAUCAGAGCGUCUCAACAAGAACAACGCAACAACAAAUGGCAACUAUUAACGAUGAUAAAAACAAAUGAAAGAAACAGAAAAAAAAGAGAACAUUUUUUGCACAAGUUUAACUCCGUUUUUACUUAUAUAUCGAUGUGGAUAUAUGCACGCAUAGUUUCUCAUUUAUAUCUAUGAUUUUUCUGCUACACAACAAACACACACACACACAUUAUGCACUCAUAUAUUAUUAACACAUGGACAAAUUUGAGUUAUGCGCUUGGCGGCUGCAGCAGCAACAACAACAACAAAAACAACAACACAACAAAACGGCAAUUUAACAACAAAUCGUUAGGGAAAAAAUCGAUUCCCGUUAACUGCAGCCGACAACAAACACAACAACAUCUCGCUGGGUAAAUGAAACAACAUGAAAACAACAAGAACAACAACAACCACUACGACUAUAACUAUCAACAGGCAACAUCAACUAACUACUGUUACACAUUAUUAACUAAUAUAUACAUACAUAUAUAUACAUAUAUAUACAUAUAUAUCUACAUAGUUGUUAAGCAUUCUUUAGCGCGAACAGAAAUCGCAUGUUCUUCGAAUGUUUACAACUUAGUUCUUCUUAGUUUCUAAUCGAUUCAAUAUUCAUUUUUUUUUCGAGUGCUAAAUAUUAUCUUAAUAUAAACACAAACACACACGCAGAGGCACACACACUGAUCCUAUAGAUAUUUCGAGACAAUUUUGUUAAAAUUACGUUUAAGUGCUAUACAAACACACACCGUACACACUGCGUAUACAUAAUAAUAACAAAGCAACAACUACGAAAUCAAAUAUAUUCAGCAAUUUGUUAAACACACAUCUACACACAGAGUCCCACAAACACACACACACAUACACACACCAUACACACACACGUACAAAAUUGUAAGAAAAAUGAGAAAAGAAAUUUUGUAAAACCUUUUCACUAACUUGGUUGGUAUGAAAUUAACGGUUUGCUUGUAUAAUAUAUUCAACAAAUUAUAAACGUGAACAAAGAAUUCCAUAAUAACGAAACUAAACUUAAUAAUAUUUAUAAACUGAAUAAUAUACAAAAACACGCACACUCACACACACACACAAAUACAUAGACACAGACACACACACUCAUACACUGAGAGAAAAAUGCAGCUAAUCGUGAAAGUGAACAAAAAUUGCUAAAUACCAAAACGAACUGAAAAACAAAAUCAAGUUGAAGUAAAACUACAAACACUAAACACUAAAAACAAAAAACACAAAACAAAAAUAUUUAGAAAUUUGUAAACUUCAAAAAUGAAAAGUAUCAUCGCCCCCUUCCUCUUCCAGCGGGGUGGGGGGUUAUGAAAACAAAAAGCAGCGCUGCUUUGGUAGAAGUAUGUAAAAACGAAUCUGAAGAAAACCAUGAAAUAUGUAUUGGAACAAAACAAACGAAACACUUUAAAGUUCGAGUAAUAUAUAUAUAUAUCGUAUAUAUAGUUUAUUAUCAUUAUUUUUUUUUUUUUUUUAUAUAAUUUUCUUAUUUGCAUAUCUUGAAGUUGAAACGCAAUCUAAUUUAUUUAUCUAUAUGUCUAUACGAAAACAUAUAAAUAUAUAAUUAUGUGAAUUUUUUUUUUUUUUGUGAGUAGCUAAUUUCCUGUAGGCUUUAAUGGAAACUCUAAUAAGUACAUGCAAAACAUUUUUGAUCUAUGUAUAACUCUUUGAUAUAUAAUUCACAUUCGCAAAACAGAAAAAAAAACAAAAACAUGAUGUAUUUUUCAAAAGUGCAAAUACUGGAAAAAAUCAAAUUUAACACAAAUUUAAUUUAACGAAAAUUAAAAGAGAACAUGAAGUAAAACGGAAGAAAAAAAAAGAAAAAACGCCACAUUCAUCCAUAAAAACAAAAAAGAUAAUUGAAAGUGCAAAGCAGAACAGAACACAGCAAACAAAAUACAACAAAAAGGAAAAACAAGAAAAGGAGAAGAAAAAUUAAAAAACAAUUGCCACACACACAUACACACACAGAUAGAAAGAAAACAAUAAUAAUGAUAAUACAGUUAAAGAGCAAUGCAUAUAUAUGCAUAUACAUGUUUGUAUUUGGAUAUAUAUGUAUGCUUAUUAUGGAGAAGAACAAGAUCAAGAACCAGAACAACAAUAACACAUAUAUAUACAUAUAACAAAUUAUUUGUUUUGUUGAGUGUCGUAGCAGAGGUUUCACAUUCUUUCAUUUUGUCGUAAUCAUCAUCCAAAACAUCAUCGAACAUCGAUCAUCACAUUCUUCACAUACAUAAGGGAUAAAACAUCGGAUAAAGCCUCCUCUCUGGCCUUCCUCAUUCCUACACACAAUAUAAGAUUAUUAGUUAGUAACAUUUCUGUUGGUCAAAAAAAAAAACGUUGUUGCCCAGUGUUGAGAAUAGGGUUUGAUUUCGCUUGUUUCUCUUAACAAUAAAAAAAAAAACCAAAAACUGAUAACUGAAAGCAAAUACCAUAUUUAGAGUUAGACAAUUUUCUAAGUUCAUCCUCAAAACGGAAAAGCAGUACAAAGCCAUUUAGCAAAAGAAUGAAAAGAGAAUAGAAAAGAAAAAGUAACAGUAAAGAGACAGGACAAAAGGGGGUAAGAAAGAAUCAAGCAAACAAGAAAAGAAAAGAAAAGAAUUGAAAAAACAUAGAAUAUGUUUAGCAACAGCAAUUUACAAUUAUAUUAUGGAAAGAUUAGAACAAGAAGUUGGGGAAAAAAAAAAACAAAACACUUGUAUAUAUUUCUAUAUAUACUACACCACAUGGAUCUCCUUGUAACAAAAACUACAUUUAAUGAUAGAUGACGGUGAAUAAGAAGAAUAAGAAGAGAAAGAAUAAAAUACAUAUACAAACAAACAAGAAAAGAAUAGAAAAGAAAUGAAAUGAAUAGAAAUGAAAAGAAAAGAAUUACACCAUAAAAGAAGUGGAAGAAGAGACAUUGUUUAUGAUUAUUGUUUUGUUUUGUUUUGAUUUGGUUUUCUGUUUGUUAAUCUCUCAUACGCUUAAAUUAAUAUAUAUAUAUAUUUUUUUGUUUGUUUUAGAAACUGAAAACUGAAUACUAUAUUAUUUUUUAUAUGUAUAUGUAUACACAAUGUUACUAUGUGAAAAAAUGAACCCAGACAUUGCUGGCGUCGGCGGUUCGGCGGAUUAUAUCUUGAGAUCUUCAGUUAUUACAUCGAUCAGUCAGUCAGUCAGUCAAUCAAUCAAUCAAUCAGUAAGUCAGUCAUAUUCAGUUAGUCGAUCUAAUAAAAUCAAACCACCCACCGCCCCGCCCGCUGUCUAGGCAUUUUUUUAUGCAACCGAAUUGUGAUGAUGUGAUAGACUUAUAAAAAAUACUAAUUAAUAACCAAUUUAAAGAAAACGAAAAAUGAAAAAAAAAUACAUAAAAUUAUGUAACAGCCGAUUAUAUAUAUAUGUAUAUACAUAUAUGCAUGUUUACAUGUAUGUAUGUCUAUCAAUAUAUAUAAAAAUAUGUUAUGUAUAUUUGUAUUAUUGUCGUGUAUAUGUAUAUAUAUACAACUAUCUCUCUCUCUCAAUAUAUAUGCAUAUAUAUAUAUGUAGACAAUGUCUGAUGGCUAUGCCAAUGCCAAAAUUGCGAUGAUAUAUGGCUAUAAAGAAAAUAUGUAUUAUGGAUGACAUGAGGCACACAUUCUUUUUUUUAAGAAAUAAAACCUAUAGAACGCGAUAUUUGUAUUGUAUUACCUAUAAGUUGUUGUGAACAAAACAAAGACAGACACAAAAGUAACACUAACACACACACACACAGACAGUUAUACGAAACAAAUGAAAUGAAAAACAAAAAUGCAAAAAAAGAGAAAAACAAAUUGAAACUGAAACUGAUAAAAUUUAAGCGUAACUAACUGAAAAGAUGCAACGAAAAAAAAACCUAAAACAAAAACAACAAAAAAAAAAACACCCACGAAAAAAAACUACAAAAAAAUUGAAAAACAAGUUUUAUGAAAUUAUUCAGUGCAAUUUGUAUAAAGUUGAGGCAAACUUUUUGCCAUCCUUUAUUCAGUAUCUCUCUCGAUUUCUCAACAACAACACAAAAAAAAACCAAAACAACAAAACUGUGUCUGUCUCAGUAACUUUCUCUCUCAUACACACUCUCUCUUUAUCUAUAUACAGAUAUAUUUAUAUAUAUGUAUAUAUUUUUACAAAUAUAUAUAUGUACAUACAUAUAUACAACGAUGAUAUAUAGAACAACAAACAUAUAUAUUUUUGAAAGUAUGAAAAAAAUGCAACUUUUGAAAAAUCCAAAAGCAAAAACGAAAAAGUAAAAAAAAAAUACGUUAACAAGACAAAAUGUAAUACGCAACGCAACGUAACGUAACGUAUCGUAAUGCAACGUUAACGUAAUGUAAGACAAAACGUUUCGUUUCGUGUUUGUUGUUUUUUGUUUUUUUUUUUUAGAAUAUUAUAAUAAUGAACAACAACAAAAGAAGAAAUAUAUAACGCGUAACACAAGCAGCAAAAGCCAAAAACCAAAAACAAAAAAAAAGAAACGAAAACAACAAAAGAACGAAAACGAACACGAAGACGAAACAAAGUGAGAAAUGCCGUUAUCCAAUUUAAAAUAUAUAUAUUUUUUGAUAUGAAUGAAUUUUUCUGUAAAUGUUUUUUGUGUGUAUUACUUUGCUUCAAGCGUAUAUCUUAUGUUUAAAAUCAUUCAUUUUGUUUAUAUAUAUAUAUACCUCUAUACCAGAUAUGUAUACAUAUAUAUGAAGAAUAUACAUAUAUACAUGCCAGAUGUAUGUAUAUGUAUAGAAUCUAUUAACUACCAUACAAUACAAUACAAUACAUUAUUUUACAUACUACAUACAUUUAUCAAAAGCCAGUCGCUGGUUACGUAACGAAAAUGAAAAUGAAAACGAAGACGAAGUGAGUGACGACAAAAUGCAUUUAACAAAUAAUACAGUGCUGGCCGCAAUUACGUUGACAGCGCGUCGAGUCCGCACAAUUGCCAAAAUGCACACACACAUACACAUACAAACACACACACACAUACACACACACAUACAGAUACACAUAGCAUACUUUUAAGCGCCAAAGUUAGAUGCAGCAAACAAAACAAAAUGAAAAAAAAAGAGAUGAUGAGAACAGUUUACACAUAGAAAAAUUGGCAAAUUUACAAAAAAAAAAUAUAAAUGCUGAACAAGACAAUUUGUUUACACAAAAUUAAGAAAUACGUUAUGAUUAAAAAUAUACAAAACAAAAAAAAUAAGAAAUAAAUGCAGCAUUGUAAGUGAUAAGCAAAAUUUUUUGGAUAUUUUGGCCUCCAGUCUACUAGCUAAAAUGGAAUGCAAAAAAACGAAGAAGAAGAAGAUGACGAAGUAGAAGAAAACAAAAUAAAUAAGAACACAGAAUGAAAGGAGAAUUGUUAGAGAAAGCGCGCAUUGAGAAAGCGACAAACCCCAUUGUGAUACAGUUACAUAAUAAUACAAAUUAAAAAAAGAAAAAAACAAAAAAGGAA